UGAGCUCACAACUUGUUUCACUAUACAUUUAAUACACAAAAAUGGUGGGUUCAUUGAAAGUUUUCUACAUUCUUGUUUUGCUUGUGAUUGUUGGUACUGUAAAUGGCGCAGGGCCUUGCGGCAAAUCCAGUCCAGAUGAAGAGGCCAUGAGCUUAGCACCUUGUGCAACAGCAGCACAAGAUAUCAAUGCUGCUGUUCCAAGCAGCUGCUGCGCCCAGGUCAAGAGAAUUGGGCAGAAUCCCAGUUGCCUUUGCGCCGUUAUGCUCUCUGAUACUGCUAAGAGUUCUGGUGUCAAGGCAGAAAUUGCCUUGUCCAUUCCAAAGCGUUGCAACUUUGUAAAUCGGCCUGUUGGCUACAAAUGUGGACCUUACACACUACCUUGAAGGGAUCAAGAAACUUUGGAGUGGACUGAAGUUAUGUAAGAAGCCAAUAAUUGCUGUUUUAGUAGUGAUUACAGCACAUAAUAAAAGCAGCUAUGCGCUGCUCUAAUUCUGUAUCUACUUAAUAUUUUAUGAGAUAUGAAAUAUCCUUUUUUCUGUUCAACUA